ACUUCAUCACCAGGAAGAGGAGGGCCGAGGGAAACGACGGUAGAGAAAUUGUUGUGGAUUGUCCACACAAGUGUUGAGAGUUUCUUUUGAUAUUCAGAUAAUCCAGCGAGUUACGAACCAACUACCACCAGAGGUACAUUUAUAGGAGGAUUUAGCCUCGUCGUGCAAACGUUAGAGAUGUCGGUCGUGCCUCCCAAUCGCUCGACCACCGGAUGGCCGCGCCGUGGUUCCGUUCAGUUUGAGAACAAAUACAUGAGCGGGCCUGCUAAACCGCUCACACUGGAGAGGACCAUCAACCUGUACCCUCUAACCAACUACACAUUCGGCACCAAGGAGCCUCUGUAUGAGAAGGACAGUUCAGUGGCUGCCCGGUUCCAGCGGAUGCGGGAAGAGUUUGAUAAAAUGGGAAUGCGGAGGACAGUGGAGGGUGUUCUCAUUGUCCAUGAACACAGGCUGCCUCAUGUGUUACUGCUGCAGUUGGGCACCACUUUCUUCAAACUGCCCGGGGGAGAGUUGAGUCCUGGAGAAGAUGAGGUGGAGGGUCUGAAACGUCUAAUGACUGAGAUCCUCGGACGGCAAGACGGCGUGAAACAGGACUGGGUGAUUGACGACUGUAUCGGCAACUGGUGGCGCCCCAACUUUGAGCCUCCACAGUAUCCGUAUAUUCCAGCCCACAUCACCAAACCUAAGGAGCACAAGAAGCUAUUCUUGGUUCAGUUGCAGGAAAAAGCGCUGUUUGCUGUCCCCAAGAACUAUAAACUGGUGGCAGCACCAUUGUUUGAACUGUAUGACAACGCUCCUGGAUAUGGACCAAUCAUUUCCAGUCUACCACAGCUAUUGAGCAGGUAUUGUUUAUGUCAUUGUGUAAGCAGCGGAAAUUGAACUGAAACACCUGUUUUUUUGUUUUUUUUUCUGUUGACUGUCACUGGCUAAAUUAAAAAUUGAAGGGCUGGAAUCAAAUAUCAUUACAUGAAUUGUCUGUAACAAGGAUCUGUUAUGUUCAAUUGCUGACAAAACCUGUAUCUGUAACUUUUCUAAUUGUAACAUAAUAAACAUUUUAUCAACACCCGUUAACACAGUGAAAGCACAAUGAAUAUAGAGACUACUUAAGAGCGUUUUCAGAUAGUGUCCAUCCUUCUGAGGUGUCUGAGGACAACACUGAAGACUGCACCACAGCUUAUUUAUACCAACCAAGAGGCAAAAGGAGACGUAUACCUGUACACACAGUAUUUGCAGAUAAAGAUUUGUCACUUUUAUUCAAGUUGCUCAGCCCUCUGAUGCACCAGUCACACAUUCAGGUGUGCAGGGAUUUUUUUUAUUUUGUAUUUGACUUUAAAUUUGCUCAAAAGGGUUUACUGUAUUACAAAGAGAUUAAUCAAUAUUGCAAGUGAUGGUGCUUAAGUAACUCCUCAGAGCAGGAAAUGACACCAGCAAAACUCCUGCAUGAACUCUAAAACUUAAAGGUGCCCUGUGGAGUUUUCUUGUAUGUUUACAUUAAGUGGUACUCUCCAAACUCAUUGUGUAUCCUUGAGAUCAAACAAAUGUGGUGAAUGCAUAGCCUUUGUCAUUAAACAUUUGCAAAGCAGA